AUGAAGCUACAGUAUAUCAUCUUUUACCUCACGUCCAAUGUUCUGUCGCAAAGGAGAGAGAGAAAACGAGCCAAAGGAAGGAACUUCUCCCAAGACAGCCUCAUCGAUGUCGACUACAGCGCAAUGUUCGCCGCUCCAAGUGGAUCCAUGCUUGAGCAAAUGAUAGCAAUGUCCAUGGGCAAUAAUAACGCAAGACCUCCGAGAAAAAUCGAGAGAAAAAGAAAAAGAAGAGCCCGGUUGCUGCUGAAAGCGCAAUAUCCCCCGGAAAAUGCUCGAAAUUCAAAUAUAGCUGCCAUCAAUACGCCGAAUGUCAAAAUGUCGACGAUGGAUACAUUUGCACAUGCCGAGAAGGCUUUGAGGGCGAUGGUCUGUGUGAAUACUGUUGGCUCCUACGAGUGUACCUGCGAGUCUGGCUUUGAAAUCUUGAGAAAUAAAUGUAGAGAUAUCAAUGAGUGCACAAAUGGAAGUCACGCAUGCGUAGCGAACGCUUAUUGCAAUAACCUUUACGGUCACUACGAGUGCAUUUGCCCGAACGGCUUCGAAGGAAACGGACUUAAUCCGCAGCUCAACUCGAAAUAUACUGGCUGUACUUCCAUCACGACCACAAAAGCAUCUACAACGACGACGACUACGACGACUACGACGACAACAACAACAAAACAGGCCAACCAGAAAUUCGAAAUAUUUGAGCAAUUCUCAGAGCAAGAUCUUGUUUCUUACGAAUAUGGCGAAGGAUUUGGUUUUGUCGAUGGCGGAGAAGGACUAUUCAGUCCUGUUUCUUCUUCAAUUUCUGACAUGCUCUACUCGCUCUACGAAGAAGAUUUUUCAGAUUACCUAGAAUCCAACGACAUCGACGUAGAAGAGGUCCCUGACAAAGAAUUCGAACCCUUUAAUUUCGAUCUCUACCAAGAAGACUACUUUUCUCAGCUGACAGAUCGUGCAGAGAGCUGGGGGAGCGAUUACGAUUACAUGCCGUCUCUCCAAUCAUUCGCUGAACUUCUUUACUCGAAUGACAAAAUGCUCUAUGCUCGAUCUGGAGACCACUCGGACAAGCUCAACCAGUAUUGGGAAACAAUGAAUCGCCAGUGGGGCCAAGUUCAACAAGCACAAACCGACAGUUCAGGAAAAGUAAACAGCAAUCUUUCGCCAACUGACGGGGAAGGCGGAAAAAUCGGACUAAGCAAAGGAUCCACGUGGUCAUCAGCAUGGAAAGACUCACCCUGGAAUGUUGAUGCUGGUCAAAGCGUUGUCGCGGACUCGUGGGGAGUUGAUCACGGGACUAGCUUCUCAGCUGCUGGCAACUCGUGGGUAGGAAGCAACUUUGAUUCAUCAUGGGAACUUGGAGGCGGAACUGGCCAGUUUGCAAGUAUCGCAGACGCAACAGCAACAAACUUCGACACAAAUUUUGAUGAAGCAGGAACCGGAACAGGCACCAUUCCAGGCACCGCAGACGCUAACUACUACUCAAGCUACAGAUGGCACGAAGGCAUCGACAGCAGCAAGAACAACGCCACAUCCGAGAUUCACGAUCCGGCAAAGCUCAAAUGUCACGUUUGUGAUGUUCAACGCGAAAUGGUCUGGGACAAAGACAGCGGAACAUUCAAACUUGUCGAUCCCUCUGAUCCGACCAAAGCUGACAAAACUGGCGAAAACCUUUACGCCACCUGCAGCAACAGUCUCAAUCAGAAAUCAUGCGAAUAUUCUUCUGGCACUUGCUUUAUCGAAGAAAGACGCACUUGGGGCUACGUGACGCAAGUGCGAGCUGGAUGCAAACAAGCUCAGGCUUGCUACAUGCAAAAGUACCAGAAUUUCCUCGUUAAAGCUGGACGACAAUGCUGGCCAGGAGAUAACACUGCUAUGAUCGACAAAGUUGGUCGACGACCAUACGAUGUUGCGCUCUACGAAUGGCCUAGCACCAAUCUCGGCUGGAUCACUAACAUCAUCUAUGGAGGCGCCUCUGCCACUGGAACUGGAACCAGUUUCACCUCGACCAAUGCUCAAACUGGACUCUUCGUCGACGCCGACUAUUCCGACUUCCUCGGCAUCCGAACCCCCGUCGACUUCAAAAACGGCUUGAAAGAGACAAGUUUAUGCACUCAGUGCUGCAACACUGAGCACAACUGCAACUACGACUGGCAGCCACGAACUGAAGCCGACUGGGAGUACUCUUUUGCCUGGAACUACGACACCACAUCAAUGACAGGAAACGCCUUUGGAACAGGCGUUGAACGACACCCAAGCGAAGUCGACCCAGUUGUAACUUAA